AUGUCAUCUGUGAGUUGUCAGCACUGGAUAUUUUUUAUCAGCUGUAGAUGUAUUGACAACUACUAUAAUCAUGUCAACACCAUCACAUUAAAAUUAAAAAAUAGACAAGAAGUGAACUUUCCAUAGUAACUAAAAGGAAAUUAUAACAUUUUUGGAAAUGAUAUUGAAAAUUAUAGUAUUUUACUCAUUAAUAAGUUGUGUGGUAUCAGUGUCUCGUCAUCCAAUAUUAAUAAUCGUAUCUUAUGAUGCGUUUAGAUACAAUUUCUUUGAUACAAAAUUGGUUCCUAAUAUGGAUAGGCUCAAGAAAGUCGGGACUUAUUCGGACUAUUUAAUAAAUGUUUUUCCUACGAAAACUUUUCCAAAUCAUCAUUCUAUUGCAACUGGUUUAUACACGGAAUCUCAUGGAAUUGUAGGUAAUACCUACCUUGAUUUAAAUACACGAACUGUUCAGAAAAUUGGAACCGAGAUGUAUAGUUAUAAUAAAGACGUUGUGCCAAUAUGGAGAUGGAAUGAAGACCAAGGGAAUGGUAGGUAUUCCGCUUCAAUGAUGUGGCCUGGAGCAAUUUUUCCAUAUCAAGGAAAAAAUAUUACUUAUAGAGAAAAGUUCAAUCCAAAAUUUGAUUGGUUUCAAAGAGUUGACAAGGUAAUAUCAUGGUUGUUAGAUCCUUUAAAGCCAGCAAAUCUGGUUAUGUUAUACAUAGAAGAACCAGAUACUCAUGGUCAUGUAUACGGUCCUAAUUCACCACAAGUUAAAGAUUUAUUAGUUAAAUUGGAUAAUAUUACUGCUUAUUUAGAGGAACAAUUGAUCAAACAUAAAUUAGCAGAAAAAACAAAUGUAAUUCACUUAAGUGAUCAUGGUUUAAUCGGUGUGACACCUCCUUAUUUCAUCAACACUACUCAGUAUUUGAAGAAUGGAACAUAUGAUGUGGCUGGAGCAAGUCCCUGUCUUCAGAUUUAUCCUAAAGAUGGAUAUGAACAAGAAAUUUAUGAAGCAUUAAAAGCAGGUUCAUUGAUAAAUGGACAUUUCAAAGUUUACCAAAAGAAGAAUUAUCCAAAACAAUGGCAUUAUAAGAAGUGUUCCAGAGCACCACCUGUUCUCAUUAUGGCAGAUGUGGGGUAUGCCUUGGAUGAUUUGAUAGUUGCAGCACCAAAGUAUGCUAAAGCAUAUAACUUUACAUUAACCAAUAGUUCAGAGUUUGGUGUUCAUGGUUACAGUUACAAUGUUAGUGAUAUGCAUCCUUAUUUCAUGGCUCGUGGACCAAAAAUCAAAAGUCAACACAAAGUGGCUCCGUUCCACACUGUAGAUCUUUUUAAUCUUUUUACUGAAAUAUUAGAAUUGCCUCAAUUACCCAAUAACGGUUCUAUGGGUAACAUUAUUGAUAUUUUAAGUGACAAGCCGGGAAGGUAUAGCAUCGGAUCAAUUCUUAUGGUUACUGUGGGAGGAGUGUUGGUCGCCUUACUUUUCAUUAGCGUAGCUGCUGCUAUAGCACUUCUAAUUAUCAAACGUCAACAAACUAUCACAACAGCUGCAGCUCUCAACAAACGUUUCCCUCAAACUUUCCACCCCAACAUCAUAGAAGCACAACAUCUUCUAGAACCGGAGGAUGCUUAACUUUAAGGAAUUUUUUAUUCUGAAUGAGGAUAAUAUCUUGUCAUCACAUCACUUAUUUGUGAAAAGUAACCUAAUUGGAUGUCUUGUUUGUUAAAAAAAUAAGAUAAAUCUUAGAUCCUUUUGAAUAGAAAUAACAUUUCAAACAUAUCGGUUUCUAUGUCCAGCAUAUCAAAAUUGGAUUGGAGUUUAUAAUUCUAUUACAUUUCUUGUUAUACAUGUUAAAGUUAAGACCCGUUUUCAGUUAAUUUUAGUUUUGAUUAGGUAAAACUAGUUCUCACAAAGUAGGCAAGUCCAAAGAGUAUAGUAGGUAAAGAAGAGUACACUUCCCUGUGGAACUCCAGAUUUUAUGGGAUGAAACUUCGAGUGUUCAUGUUGGCAUUCAACAAGGAAUUAAUUAAAUAGGAUUUAAGGUUGAGGAAAAGGUUAAUUCUCAAUCUUAUAUAACAGUUCAGUAAAUUCGACUUUGUCAAGAGCCUGGCUCACAUCCCAGAAAACAGUAGAGCAGUACUUUCUAUCUUCUAGACAUUGCAUUAUUUUGUUAGUGACCCAUUGUACCUGUUCAAUAGUGGCAAUGCUCCUCUUGAAAACGAAAUUGAUUUCCUGAGAUGAUUGUUUAUAGUUAAGUUUUUAAUAGCUUUUCUAGUAUUUUGGAUAAGAUAAGGUGUAAGCUAAUAGACCAAUAAAAAGUUACAUAUUCGGUUGGUUUACCAGGUUUGGGGAUUAAGAUGAUCUGGACCACUUUCCAUUGGAUUGGAAAAUGUCCCAACCUCAAAAUUGUGGUAUAAAUACCUGUUAUCAACUUUAAAGCACACUGGGGCAGUUCGAGGAGGACUUUAGUAUUCAUCAAGUCAUACCGUGGUGAUUUCUUCAUAUUGAGAUCUUUGAUUUCUCUCAGAUAUUUUUGUUAGUAGUAGUUCUAAUUGAUACGAUUGAUUGUUUUAAUUCUUCUUCAUGACUAUAUUGAAGUAUUUGGUUGUAAGAACUUUUCCAAGUGGUUAUCAAGAACAUUCGUUUUUGUCGUCUCUUAUCUAGUGGCUUUCUAAAGAGCCGAUGGGGUGGUUUAUUGAUUGCGGGCGCUCGACCUUUUUCACUGCUUUCCAAAGCGAAUAUUCUGUUUUUUCGGUUUUAAAACAAUAAAUUUUUUUACUGGAAAAACUGUUUUCCAUUAGUAGAAUUCCCCAAUUGAAGUUAGUUUCAACUGAAAAUUCUUUUAAAUGAAAAAAAGCUAGUAAAUUAUAGUAUUUCUUAGUGAAAAAUGAGGAAAAACUAGUUUUUACUCGUGAAAACAAGUUUCAACGAAAUGACUGUGUGAAAACUAAUAUUCUCUUGACCGGAAAUAGAAUAAACUGAAAACGGAUUUUAACUGUUACAUAUAUAAUUCAAUACCUGACAAAAACUACAGCCUGAUAGUUUGAAGUGUAAUUAUUUCUCCUAUUUGAAAUUCUUUUAUUUUUCAAGUAGUUAUUUCUUUAGAUUUAGGGUCGUGUUUACUAGAAUAUUUUGGUUGGAAAAAACCUAACCAUCGCAGGGCAGACGAAUGACUUUUUUUAGUUAUUGCUCAAUAUAUUAAUUACAAGGUUAAUGAGCUGAAGUCACUGUAUAAAAGUAAAAAAAUAGACUUAAAUAUACUAAAUACCAUAAUAUGGAAUAAAAUGAUUGUUUGAAGAAAUUAUUAAAAAAAAAUAUAUUAAAAAAAAAACAUAUUAAAGGUUUAAUAAAUAAGGAAUUAAAGAAAUUUAAAACUAAAUAUGCUAAAUUAUAAUAAAAUAUUUCCGAACUAAAACUACUCUAUAUAAAAUAUAUUAAAAUCUGCUAGCAAUAUCAUUUGAGAUUACGUCAGAUAAUAGGUUCUAACACUAGGUUCUCGGCCAAUCGAUUGGGGUAGAACUGAAGUCUCUCAUUAUACUUUUCACUUUCACUUAAUUGUUUCUCUUACCAAAAACACCUCUAGAUCCAUAGCAUUGAUGUUAAUGGGCAUAUGCCAUGGAGCAUUUGUUACCAUUUUUAGAACUUUAACUUAAAUCUCUCGAGAUAAUAUUUAUGUUUUAUAUUGACGCUGUACCCCACAGUUGGAUUCCAUAUGUUCAAAUAGGUUCAAGUAAUAUCUUGUAUACCAAUAACUUAUUCUCGAUAGAUAUUUGUAAUUUUCCAAUUAUCCAAUAUAGUUUAAUCCCAAGUCAAAUGUUGGAAAACAUCUUCAUCGAAAAAUAGCUCGAACACAACUCUACAGGAGACAUAUUAAGACAGAGGUUGAAAGUCGCCAACAGUCCAACAGUAAUUUUAUUCGACAGUAGUUGAAGCUCCAUCUAUUUAAGAAAACCCCGUUCGUUCGCUCUUGCGAUCAUCUUUUAUAUUGUUUACUCAUGAUCUUUUUGUUGACUAACAGAUUGAAGCUUGUAAAAAGGUUAUCAAAGAAAAAGUUGUAUGGAAAAUGUUUCUCCAUUGCUAUUUCUACAUUCAAACAAAUGGGGCUGUACAUGCACCACAUUUUAAAACCAAACCGUAUCGGUUUUCUACGGAUGCAUUGCUUACUAGGAUGAAGGUCAAAAUAUUUGAUAAUUGAUACAUCAUAGUUUGGGUUUUGCUGGGAGACAAAUUUUUUAAGAAACAUUUAAUUCAGCUAUUCAAAAGUGGCCAUAAUCCAAAUAACGACGUUUUUCGGGGAGGAUGUUAUACCUUCUAAAAACAAGAAUUCCAAUAAAGCAUUUUAGUUUAUCAACUGUGAUGUUUGGAUCAGCAUAGUUUUUAAAAAAUGUCUCUGUAUGCAAAUGUUGGCAAACAUCUUCAUUAAAAAAUAGGUCGAACAACUCUAUAGGUGACAUUUUAUAAUAUUGGUUGUAGUCAACAUACAAUGUGAGUGAACUGUUUAAUGUUUAGAAGAAAUUGAAUUUUCAAAUGUAUGACAAUUUAAAAAAAAAAUUAUCAACUAGGUGAUAACACGUCCUAAGCUUCUGAAGAAUAAAAGAUAAUUAAAUAGAUGAAAAAAAUAAUCUAAAUUUUAUACGUCUACAUAUUUAUUUUUAAUAUUGAUAAUUGACCUCUAGUAAGUGAUAGAAUGACAUUAUACUUAAAUUGUGUUUGUUGUGAUCUGACAUUUUCGUCCAGAAUAUUUAGAAUUUAAGAAUGAUAUGUCAAGAAUAAUAUAUUUAAAAAGAUUUCCGAAAUUCGUCCAUUUUUAAAUAUAUAUGGUGUAGGUAGAUCGCUUUGAGCUAGUAAAAACUCUAAAUUGCAAAUUUUUAGGUGAAACUUUUGUUUUUAAUCGUAAUUUUUAGAAGUAAUCGUGUAAGUAGUAGAACUGUGGUGGCUUCAAAUAUAUACCACGUAAUUUUAAACAUUUGAUGAAUAUUAAAAAAAUACAAUGCAGGAAAAUUCACUACAGAAUACAAUCACAAUUUAUCGAGUAGCAUAUUUAUAACAAAUCUUAUUUUUAUAUGAACUAAUUUAGAAUUUUACUUGAAGAAAACCUAGAAAAAUAUUUUCUUUCGACAUACCGAGACAAAUGCGGGACCUUAACCCUUUGAGUACUGAAUUAUUUGUCUGAAAGACUUUUAUGCAUAUAUAACUGAUUUAAUUGGUUGCUAUAUGAAUUAAUAAGUAAGAGUUGUAAAAUGUAAAUGAACAUAUAAAUGAAACAACAUAGAAAUAUUUAUAAAGAACAAGAACUAACUUAACACUUAACUUGGCAAGAGCUUAAUUUAUUGAUUGAAAAAUUUUUUUUGUUCAAAUUGUUCUUUUAGGUCUAAAUAAGAUAAUUUCAUAAUUUGAAGAAUUUGGGUUAAUUUUUGGAUGAGAUGUUUCUUGUAGGAUACAUUGCCAAAUAAACUGGUUUAAGGUUGAUGGUACAAGUAAUGAAACUCACAUAAAUUUAAGUAAUAAAACCUUUUAUUCAUACAUAAAUAUUACAAUUAAACCCAAAACAUUUUUUUCCUUAAGCUAAUUAAAAUUAAUAAAAAAUAAAAUAUAUUGGUUUUAUGAUUUGAGGUUGAUGUCUCCGGUGACGAGUUGCUCCAGACGGAUGUGAGGUGGUAGCUAGAUUAUCAGUGAGUGAUGCUGGCUCAUUCUGCUGUUCAAUUGUGCUUACAGAUGGACAAAGAUCUCUCAUUAGGAGAUCUGUAGAAUUCAUCUACCGAUACUGGUUCGUCAGCAGUCGACCCAUCCAUCAUUGAUUCAUCUUUUGACACCUCUGGAGCUUGUGAAGCAUCCUCUGCAUUAAAACGUACUUCAACGUUACAUCUAACAAUUUGCUCGCUGCCUAAAGUAAUACAUCUUCAUCCUCCAAAUUUUCUUCCUCAUCUUCGGGGUCCACCUUUGGCUUAGGAAGUAAUGAAGCUGCUCUUGAAGUAAAAUUUUUGCUUGAAAUAGAAAAAAACAUCAAAAUGAGGUUGAGAAGACAAAAAUGCUAACAAAUUCCUAAAUAAAACGAAAACCAAAAUAAUAAAACUAAAUAAAUUUUAAAUUGAUGUAAAAUGAAUUUGAAAUUUUUUUAAUUAUACUCGAUUGUUUGACAUUAAUAUGAUUUUUACAAAAUUAUUAAACGUGAAUUUACUAUAGUUAUUGAAGUAAAGACUUUUUUUCUCAUAAAAAUCAUCAACCGAAUUCGCAAUGUAUCCUACAGGAUUCGGAGGGUAAAACGUAAUUUUCUAGAUCAAUAUCAAUUGAAUUGAACUAGUUUAUGUUGAAAACAUAUGUUUACAUGUCAAUACAGGUGAAUCAUAAUUUUAAAAAGCCGAAUUCAGAUGAUAAAUAAUAGUAAAUUGACUUUAAACUUACCCAACAGGAGGCCGACGCCAUUUCCUUGGAUGUUGCUGAUUUCACUGUUCCAAUUUGCAAAUUAAACAUACAAGGCCUAAAGAGUCGAUGCGGUAGAUAAUGGAACUAAAAUAAACGCGCUAAAUUUAAACAAAAAAUCAUGUAUCCUGCAAAAUUAAGGGUUAAAGUCUAAUGAUUUUGUACCGUGUGGCAUUUUACAAAACAUGCCAUCUUGUAGGGCCUUACCUAUGAGUAAUGAAGGUAACAAAAAUAAUUAAAAAGUAUGCAAAAAUAGCGAAUUUACUAUUUUGGUUUGGUUUGCUCAGGUUUUUGAUACUGUUUUGACUCCGUCUAUGUUCAGUACAUGUUAUGGCGAUGAAAUUUAAAUUCGUCUGAAUGUCGCUCCGUCUGUUUUCAGCCUAAUUAUUGUCGAAUCUAUUAUUCAGAUAAUGAACUAAAUUUCUGAUCUUAAUCCUAUCAUUUUUAUAUAACUUUUCAUUGUCUGUAAAGUGAAGGAAUCUUGUGAUAUCAAAAACUUAUCCUGUAGCAUUGUGACUGCAAAAAUUGGAGUAUUUAUAAUAGUUCUUUUCGACCAAUAUGAACUCAAUUUAAAUUUUAUUUACUUUUAACGUUAGAAUAUAUAAUGUAAUAUAUUUUUUCAUUUUAUCCACAAUUACUGGAAACCACUUGAGGCUUCGUUUAUUUGACCUUUCUUAUUCGACUGGCAUAUCUAUUCGUUUCUUCUACUAUCAUCAUCAUCAAUUUCAGUAAGAAUUUGGUCUAGCACUUUCAAUGGUGGUGUCCAGCUAUUUCUUGAAAUUGUUUUCUUUUUCUCGUUUCAAAUCCAUUGUUCUUGCAAUUGUUCGAUAGAAGAUUCACUAUCGCUCGGCAAAAGCCCCGUGCACUUUCGAUGUACUGAAAUUACUUCACUAUCGUCAGUAUCACUUUCCAAUUUAUGGUCGUUUUCAUUAUUUUCAUUCUCCCAACUCACUGUUAUCAUAUAACUUUUAUUUCUACUUCACUAGAACUAUCAUUUUCGUUGUCAUAAAAUGAAUUUUUUAAUUCAUCUUAAACAGCGUAUCAAAAAAGAAACGGGAAUAAAAUAAUUAUAAUUGGAAUUAAUCUUAAUUGUAACUGAAAGAUGUUAAAAACAAACGACAGGCGAUUGUUUGCGGUCAACGCCAACUGACAAGGACACCGCAAAAAUCAACGCCUGCUUCUCAAAUUCAAAUAAUCAGUCAGACUCGUCCACUGUAACUUCGCCUAAGUAAACUAACUCAAAGGGUUAAAGUUCAUGCAUCUACUACUCGAAGACCAUUCAGUCCAACCAUAUUAAAACUCGUUUUAUUUCACCGUUUUAUUCAGAAUCAUCCCCUUAUGUCUUCUUUUCGGCUUUGGAGCUAUAUUAAAAUAAAUACGUGGUGGUUGGUCUAUCUAAGACAAUUCCCUCUGACAAUAACAAAUGUGUAGUUAAUCCAAAUAUUAUUCUUCGAUAUAUCUCAUGUUGAAUCAAUCUAGUCAUUAGUAGAUUAGCUCAAAUUUACAUUAGAUAAUUGGACGUACAUAAUAAAAUAUGUUUUAAAUAUUAACAAAAUGAACAAUUUUAAUAUUUGCACUAAUUUUCAAAUCAGAAAAUUCAGUUAUAAUGUAUACAAAUAGGGAGUUUUUCAAAGGGUACAUAUUACUUUUUGCUUAAACUGUAGAAGCCUGUAGGUUUUUUCUAAGGGUUGUGAAUUUUUUCCAUAAUUUUGUGAACAAACUGUGUAAAGCUCACACAUUGUUGCCAUUUAUGGGGCAGGAUUUAUUAAUUUAUGUGGUAAAAAUAUGUAAAUUGUUUUAUUUUUUAAAAUACUUUGAGGUUUUCUUUUUAUUAAACUUAUUAAACUCAUUAAACAAAAAGGAAUUGAGUUGAUUACUACAAAUAUUUUUCAAAAUUUCCUGAAUGCAUCAGAAAUUUAAAAACUGAACCAAAAGAAAUAGUAACAAGUGGAGCUUAAGCAUUCUCUUUUUAUUUUUAAUAAAAAGCUUUCCAAUGUUUGCACCACUUGUACCGGUAAGAAACCUUCCCCAAUCAGCAGUACACUUUGGCGAUAAGAUUUUUAUUUGACGGUAAAUGUUCAUGACAACAUGUUUCAUUUUUUGCAUCUCAGUAAAUUUAUGUUCUGAACAACAAAAAACUAUUGAUAAAUUUCAACAAAAUAACAGCUUAACUUUACUGAAGAGUGUAUUUUCCAAAUUCCAUUGGUUAGAGGUACAUUUACACUUUUUCCAUUCUAAUGAAUCCUGCUCUGACUAAAAGUGAUAUAAUAAACAAAUUCUAGUGAUUUUUUAAUGCCAAAUUGUUGAGAUAUGAAUACCUCUAAUAAAAAAAAAAAAAAAGAAUUUGUACAGUGGCAAUCGCACAAUUUGGGUGAUAUUAGUUUAGAUCAAAGAUGUUUGUUGGAUUAUCAAAUAUAAAUAGUUGAAAAUA